AUGGAUGAAAUCUAUAAAUCCCCUGUUAUACCUGAAGCAAAAAUUUUUCAAGCUGUAGUAAGUUGCGUUGGACCUGAUGGAACUAUUUAUAUAAUACCAAAAUCAUUUGAAAUUGAACUAAAAAAUUUGAUGACUGAAAUACAGAGUAAUUUCAGAUGCCUCAGUCUUCUGGAGCCCUACUGCUGGAAGAAGGGAGAAGCUUGUGUUGUAAGAGGGUCAGAUACCAUGUGGUAUCGAGGUAAAGUUGUAGAGCUCAGUGGUAGUACUCUGCAGGUACAGUACAUAGACCGUGGUUGCAUAGAGAGGAUUCCUCAGUGUCAUCUGUAUCCAACUACACUAUAUGUUGGUAUCCCUCCGUUUUGCAUACCAUGUGAGCUCUACAAGACAGCACCAAUUGGAAAGUGUUGGCAGCAGGAUGCUGUAGAUUGCCUUCAAGAGCUGCUUACAAAUGAAGAGGAGUUACCAGAUAACCCAUGGGGCAAGUUGUCUGUCAACCUGUAUUUUGGUGAAAUGUCCCUUUCUUCCUUCAUGGCAUACCAGAAGUACUGUGUUACUGAGGAUUGUCAGGACGUGCUAAAGCUGAUGUACAUUUGCCUUGAACCCUCUAAGAACCUUACGAGGGAGUCUGCCACAGAGGGAGAUGCCAGCUGGCACUCAGCAUUGGAGAGUCUCAAUGAAGCCCUGAAAUGGUGCAAUGAAAACGUGGAGGCUCUUCCCCUUCUAACACACUUCAAAGCAGAAAAGCCCUGCCUUGUCAAAUACCUGGAUGGUUUAUGGUACAGAGCAAAGCUCCUCUCCGUUGAAGAGUUUGACCCUGUCAAGAUCCUGGUUCAGUUUGUUGAUUUUGGCAGUUUUUCAGUUGUCCCAAGGAGCAGACUGCGCCACAUACCGUACUAUCUGCUGAAGUAUCCUGUUCAAGCAGUACGAGCCCUCUUGGCUGGAUUUAAACCUGCUUUGUAUGACACAGAUGUGAAAAGAAUUCCUUAUUCCCCAGAAUGGAGUGUGGAAGCGCUGUGGGCUAUGAUGGAGUUUGUUGAAGGAAAACAGCUCUCUGCUUCUGUACUUGCUCUUUCACCAGAAUUCACCAUUUCUUUGUAUGAAGAUGACGGAAGUCUAGUUCAUACGAGGCUGAUAAAAAUGGGACUUGCAGAUUUGGAUGAGUGA